AACCAAAAUAUCGGCGGUCGUAUCGCGACAGUUUGUUUCUUUGGAAUGGCUAAGACAUUUUGCCUCUUCGGUGCGUUCAUACUGUCUCUAUUAUGUACCUCGAUUUCCGAUGUUGAUUCAUCAAAUGAUGCUGUUCAUGAUUUGGUUAAUUUGCUGCCAGUGACAGAUAUCGUGAUUCGUUCCGCCCAUAAUUAUCUUCAGGAGCAGGAACAGCGAUUGGCCAAUCUCAGAAAGCAUAUUGGAGAUUAUUUAAGGGAACACGAAAGAGCAAUACACAAGGUGUCCCAAAAUUUAAGUGCAGCAACUCAAGAAAUUUCCAUUACUAAUGAUCAGGAGAUGGAGGAGGGAACUGAUGAAAUUGACCUCUCUAAUAAAUAUGCGUUUGACGGAAUAAAGUUCAAAAAACUCUGCAGAGGAGAAUUUUUACUACACGCUGAUAUUCAGAAAAAAUUAAAAUGCCGAUACGUCGAUCACGGUAUUCCUUUUCUGAAAAUAGCACCUUUCAAAGAAGAAGAGGCCUAUCUUGAACCCAGAAUUGUUGUCUACCACGAAGUAAUUUACGAAGAGGAAAUAAAGACUCUCAAACGAUUGUCAGAGUCCGAGUUGGAAAUUGCAAAAACGAUAGACGCUACAACUGGUGAAAGUUUUGUUUCUGAACAAAGAAGUGCCAAGUCUGCCUGGAUUGAAGAAGGAGAAAAUGAACAUUUAAAGCUUCUGAAUCGUAGAGUGGAGCAUUUGACAGGCUUAACGGUAAAAUCAGCCGAGGAUCUACAAGUUGCUUAUUACGACGUCGGGGGCUAUUAUAUACCACACUUUGAUUUUUUUGAUAAUUAUCACCUUUUUCCAUCAGAAGAUGGAAAUCGCAUCGCCACGAUUCUGUUUUAUAUGAAUGACGUCGCGAAAGGAGGUGGCACAGCUUUCCCUGAGUUAAAUUUUACCGUAUGGCCUAAAAAAGGUAGCGCAUUAUUUUGGUACAAUCUUAAAAGAAAUGGAGAAGAAGAUAAGUUCCUUUUACAUGGAGCAUGUCCAGUACUUUCUGGAACAAAAUGGAGUAAGUUUUUUCUUUAAAAUAAAUCUGGGGCCAGGUUUAAAUUUCAUAAAAAUUUCUUUAUUUAUCU